UAUUCUGGGCAGAAAUUUCAGAAUUCGGAUUUGACUAUAUUGCAUCAUUUGUUAAAAGGAAAUUGGACAAUAGUUAAGUUGUUUUUGGAGAGGGAUUGAAAUAAAAAAGAAUUGUCCCUUUUUUUCAGAAAUCUGCAAGGACCAGAUUUAUAUAGAUGGUUCAAGAAUGAUCCUUUCUUUAGAAGUGGCCCGGCCAAGCAUAGCACUUUUUAUAAUAGGCAAAACCUUCAAUAAUCAACUUGUAAGUUGUAAGGAUAAUACGUCAAUGUGCAACUUCAACCUUUGUUCCUCAAUGUUAAAGGGUUUAUUAAUGUCAAAUUUUCACCAUGUCCAAAACAUACCCUUUAUUUCUUCAAUAGAAGCCUGGUCUAACUAUAAGUUUAGUAGAAAUACGCGUCUCAAGCCUUUUCUCUCUUUAAUGAUAAGUUGUUGUUUGGCUAAUGUUCGCACAUACAUUAUACAUACAAUGCGCGUGUGCACACACACACAUAUGGAUAUAGUUGUUCCUGAUAACUGCUUGAUGUAUAGGUUACCAUAUGGCAUUUCGGCUUUCAUCAGCUAGGAAUGGCUCUCAUGUUUCUUCACUAAGGUCAUAGGCCUGUGAUCUUUAUUCCCUUCUUUGUUGAAAAUUCCUCCACCGUUUAAUCUCCUUUUUCGGUCUAUAAAUCAAUUUCUUAUCAUGUUCUCUUCAUUUUGGUAUGAUCCCAGUCUCCUAGGCUAAACCUACUCCGCUAAAUUCCUGAGAAGAAGAGAGCUCUUUCGGUUCCCCCAAGCACUUCAAACAGAGCCAUGACUUCCCCGCUUACUGCUACACCAGCAGAUCAUGAAAUGCUAGACCUUGAGAAGCAUGACUGUGUUGAAAGGGUCCAGUGGGUGCUUAAUACCCCCAAGCCACCAGGUCUAGGCCAUGAGCUCAUGGAAACUGCUGUUUCUUGGAGAAACAAAAUACCAUUUCUGAACAAGCGGUCCGGAUGGAAAGAUGAACUAUUUUCAAUGUUGCAAGCAAUAUUUCCCAUCCUUUCUUGGUGUCAGAACUACAAGAUAACAGAAUUCAAGCACGAUUUAAUGGCAGGUCUAACUCUUGCAAGCCUUUGCAUUCCUCAGAGUAUUGGAUAUGCAACUUUGGCGAAGCUUGAUCCUCAAUAUGGCCUCUACACGAGUGUCGUCCCGCCUCUCAUUUACGCUGUAAUGGGAACUUCAAGAGAGAUAGCAAUUGGACCAGUUGCUGUGAUUUCACUACUUCUGUCCUCAAUGGUUCAGAAACUUGAGAAUCCUGUUACUAAUCCAAUUGCUUACCAGAAGCUUGUGCUUACUGCAACUUUCUUUGCGGGUACCUUUCAAGCCAUCUUUGGACUAUUCAGGUCAGGUUUCCUAGUGGAUUUUCUAUCACAUGCAGCUAUUGUUGGAUUCAUGGCAGGCGCUGCCAUUGUCAUUGGCCUUCAACAACUCAAGGGACUACUUGGAAUCACUCACUUUACAAACAAGACUGAUGUUAUCUCUGUCAUGAAAGCCGUGUGGAGUUCCUUCCAUCAUCCUUGGAAUCCUCAUAACUUUAUUCUCGGAUGUUCAUUCCUGAUUUUCAUCCUAAUCACAAGAUUUCUGGGUAGAAGGAACAGAAAACUCUUUUGGUUGCCAGCUGUUGCUCCUCUGAUAUCUGUCAUUUUAGCAACUCUGAUUGUUUUCCUGACCAAAGCUGAUAAACAUGGAGUUAAGAUAUUAAAACACAUCAAAGGAGGCUUAAAUCCAAGUUCAGUGCGCCAGUUGCAGUUCAACGGGCCACAUGUUGGGGAAGUGACUAAGAUAGGAUUGAUUGUAGCUAUAAUUGCACUCACGGAAGCAAUUGCAGUCGGUCGAUCUUUUGCAGCCGUGAAGGGAUACCACCUUGAUGGAAACAAAGAAAUGGUUGCCAUGGGGUUCAUGAACAUCAUAGGUUCUUUCACUUCUUGCUAUGUUGCAACCGGUUCUUUCUCGCGGACGGCUGUGAAUUUCGGUGCCGGUUGUGAAACUGCAGUGUCAAAUAUUGUAAUGGCUAUUACAGUGUUCAUAUCAUUGGAAUUGUUCACAAGGCUCUUGUACUACACUCCAAUCGCGAUCCUUGCUUCGAUUAUUCUCUCUGCUCUUCCAGGGCUUAUCGACCUCAAUGAAGCUUACAAUAUUUGGAAGGUUGAUAAGCUAGACUUCCUAGCUUGCCUUGGAGCCUUUCUAGGAGUGCUGUUUGCAACAGUGGAGAUCGGCCUACUUGUGGCGGUAACAAUUUCAUUUGCAAAGAUAAUUCUCGUAUCAAUUCGACCAGGCACUGAAACCCUUGGAAGGCUCCCUGGAAGUGAUGUAUUUGGAAAUGUCAAUCAAUAUCCUAUGGCUGUGAAGACUCCAGGGAUCUUAAUAAUGCGUCUCAAGUCUGCCUUACUUUGUUUUGCAAACGCCAAUUUUGUUAGAGAAAGGAUUAUGAAAUGGGUUAUUGAAGUGGAAAAGGACAGCAAAGGAAAUGCAGAAAAGACUAUUCAAGUAGUAAUUCUUGACAUUUCCAAUUUGACGGACAUUGAUACAUCAGGAAUUGCUUCUCUGGAGGAACUGCAUAAGAAUCUUGAUUCAAAUGGGAUGAAGCUGGCCAUCGCAAGCCCUAGGUGGCAAGUGGUUCACAAGCUGAAGCUGGCUAACUUUGUGGGUAAAAUUGGAGGAAGGGUCUACUUGAGCGUUGCAGAAGCUAUGGACUUUUUGCCGAUCUAGACAAAAGAAAUCUCAAAGUACUCAAACUUUUUAAAUAUGGUUUGCUUGUCUCGUGGUGUGUAUGUUCCAGUCCCUCUGGCAAAUGGCACAUAUGAUAAUAAGAGUGUAGAACUCAAUGGAGUAAUAAGUGAGCACAACACCAGUUCUGAUUUGCAUGUUGAAAAAAAAAAAAAAAAACGUAUGUAUCUGAUCAUCUGUGAUUAUAAUCACUUUAAGUUUGUGAACGUUAAAUUUUUGUACUGUGGCUAUGAUUAAAAAUUCUGAUUGAACUUUUUUCGUUGGAU